UUAAACGGUGCUCCGGUAUCAGCAUAUUGAAGAAUUAUAUUCCCCGAGACAAGGACUUUAGAACGUACAAUCGCUUGCAUAUGGUGUAGGAUACGUCAUCGAAUCAUCCGGAUAAAGAUCUCUCAGAAGCCGAAGGUAUGAAGUUCGCAAGCGUUGGUGCCCUGGCCAUUGCGGCCCCUUUGGCCGUGGCUGUCAAGACAGAGAGGACCUUCGCCGUCUUACACUUUACAAAAAACCAAUUCUUAACCGAAGGUCCUAUGGACCCCGUCGUCAACCCCGGAACAGAGGCAACCCACUACCACAGCAUCAUGGGAGGAAGUAACUUCGGCAUCAACACCAAAGGCGACGACUUGUUGAGCUCAGAGUGUACCACGACCACUAUCAAAAAUGAUAAGAGCAACUACUGGGUUCCUAGCCUUUUCUUCCAAGAUCCCAAGAACCCAUCCAGCUUCGAGAAAGUGCCCUUUUACUACAUGAACGUCUACUACUUUUUCGAGCCCACCAACGGCACUGUCGAGCCCUUCCCCGUCGGCUUGAAAAUGCUGAGUGGUGAUUCCAAGACUAGAGACCCUCCUAAGUUUGGAGGAGGGAGCAAUCUUGAUCCUGAUAAGGGGCCGAUCCAGCCGAUCCAGUGGACUUGUCCUAGGCAAAAUUACAAUCCUGCUUCAUACCCGGCAGACUCAGAUGGAACUACGGCAGGCAUGCAGGAUCCCAACAAUAAGGGUGCGGGCGCAGGGUUCCCCCUUUACGACUGCGACGGCACCUACUCCCCUCUCAGACAGGACAUCCACUUCCCUUCGUGCUAUAACCCCCAGGCAGGCCUUGACGAUUACGAAAACAACAUGGUUUGGCCAACCACCGUAGAUGGCCUGCAGACUUGCCCAGCAGGAUACAUUCACGUGCCGCAUAUCUUUUAUGAGGUGUAUUGGGACACACCUUCGUUUAAGGACCGGUGGACGCCCGAUGGAAAGACGCAGCCUUUCGUUCUAUCUAACGGUGAUGCUACCGGCUACAGCUCGCACGGUGAUUUCAUCUCUGGGUGGGACCAAAACACCCUUCAGACUAUCAUCGAUACUUGCAAUGCUGGUGACAGUGGCAUGGAGAAAUGCCCCAAUAUCCCCGGCGGCGUCAACGACAACAAGGACUGCACUAUCAAGCCGGCUAUUGGCGCUCUAGUAGCAGUCUCGGAAAUUCUGAAUGCGCUCCCGCUCAACUGCCCUGUCACAGGUUGGGGCAAAGGUGGUGUUUCUAGCGGUUCUGGUUCGGACUCCGGGUCGUCAUCGUCUAAGCCUGCGUCAUCGACCUAUGCCGCGAGCACGGCUACCCAAAAAUCAUCCUCUGUAGAGACGACUCUGAAGAGCGAAGUGACUAAGGCAGCUGCGUCAUCUUCAUCCGCUACUGGCCUUGCCUUCCUUGAAGUUUCUAGCUCGACCGUGGUGGCCGCAACACCUGUCGUUACCGCUGCCGCCGUGACAUCUGUCGCGGUAUCAUCCGAAGCUGGAGAUCCCGAUGUCUCGACGGUUUGGGACAUCGUCACCGUCACACUUACAACCACCGUAGAACCCCAAUCUACACCUGCUCCCCUCCGAAGACGUCGCGCUCCCCACCGUAGUCAUGGUCACAUAAAGCGUCACCUCGAGGGUGGAUUUGCAGGCCGCCGAUAGACUCUACGAAUCGCCAGCCAGAUAGCUGGCCGUGUAUUCGAUUCUUCGUAUGUACUAUGUAUGUAUGUACAUACAUAUCAUUUUAGGAGAUGCGCGGCGUGGCGAAAGGUUAGUCGAUCGCACGUCAGAGGUUUGGCAACGGGCAGCAUAAAGCCUUGAGUUGCUUUGAACUCAUAUUCUAUUUUCAGCACGCAAGGCGGGAAAGCUUGCGAGGCAUAGCGAUGUUGGUCAUUUCACUGGAUUAUUGACUUCUUUUUUUUAGCGUGCGCUGGACUGGGAUGAGGCAUACCAAAAUUUGUGGGUGCUCGUGAUUACUGGCGCAGUUUUGCGAAGUAACCCGCAGCGAACCCAAUUCACUUCUUGAUGUAGCAUAUUUGAAUACAAUUACCUGAACAUAAUGUUUCGAAUUCCCCCAAGUUUUGCAUUACUAAGUUGUACGCGUUUCUAUAUUAUUCUUGAAGGGUAGAUGAGAUUUCGACUAUCCAUCCUUAAGCAGCCCCUUUCUCGGAUUGCUACUUCACCA